AUGCUCCACCUUCCUACGGCUCUCGCCCUCUCGGGCAUGCUAGCUCUAGCCUCAGCACAGGGUCCCGUCGCCGAACUCAACUCGGUUUGCUUCCCCAGCGGGCAACUCAAGAACACCAUCCCUUACCCGUGCCCCGGAAUCGCACGUGCCAAGGAUGAAUGCAACAAAUACCUCCCUGGUCCCAGCGCAAGCCCUGAGCAGCUCAAGGAGCACCGCGACUGCCUGUGCUUUGACAAGUACAUUAUCCAGUUCGAGAAGGGUUGCACUGCUUGCAAGAAGACACACGCCUUCCUUAGCGAGAGGGGCCAAGGCUACUAUAACGGAAUCUUGGACCGUGUGAAUUCCACCUACUGCUAUGCGGGAACCCCAACAGCAGCAUACGAUGCUGCGUGGGCUUCCGCGUCCCAGGCCGCUGGUCCAUAUCCUACCGGUGGAGCCGACGAUGAGCUCAUCAACCACGCCGCAUCUCUGCCCGCCGAUGAGAAGACAAAGGUUGAACUGUACUGGAGGGGAAUUACCGAGGAACGACGUCCCUCAGCCACCGCCGCCCCAACUUCCGUGUCGACUAGUGCUACAGCAACACCAACGCCCAUUGAUGAGGAUGAUGAUUCGUGUGAGGAAGAGACUCCCGCUGCCGCUUCCGCAGGUUCUGCCGCUGUUACUACCGUGAGCCCCAGCACCGCCGUAUCUGGCAACGCGAACCCUACUCCUGUCCUCAAUGUCGACUGGAUCUAUGCCUCUGCCAAGAAGGAGGCCUCUGGCGCAGUUCAGCCCAGCACUGUCCGUCCUCCCCAGCCAAGCCAGUCUGGCUGGACUCAGAAGAACGAGACUGCCCCGGCCUCGGAGACUGUCAUCAUCGGCUAUGUCAUCAUCGUCAGGGUUUGCCAGAAGUGCACCUAUGUCAAAGCUGGAGACGACUUCAAGAUGGCCUGUGCCCUCCCCAUGGAAGUCGAGGGCACCAAGAAGCAGGUCCCCGUCGAGAAGGCCAAGGAGCUGCCUGCUGUCCCCGCCGUUCUUCCCAAGGAGCCUGCCUCUGUAGAGCAGAAGCAGCAAAUCCCCAUUCCGGACAUUAUGAUCCAGCAAGUUUGCGGGUGCAGUUACACAUCUGGCCCCAAGACGGAUGAUUCCAAUGGUUCCAACCCUGGCAGCUCCAAGAAUCCUGGUUCUGGCAACAAUGGUGCCAACGGCUCUCCUGCUGGCCCUGGCAAUGCUGGUGCCAACGGUGCCAACCCGGGAAGCCCCAAGACUCAUGGCUCUGGCAAUGAGGGUGCCAACGGUGCCAACGGUGCCAACCAGGGAAGCUCCAAGACUCAUGGCUCCGGCAAUGAGGGUGCCAACGGUGCCAACGGUGCCAACCCUGGCAGCUCCAAGACUCCUGGAUCUGGCACUGAAAGCCCCAAGAACAAUGGCCCUAAUGGCAUCAACGGCUCCCCUGCUGGCCCUGGCAAUGCUGGUGCCAACCCGGGAAGCUCCAAGACUCCCGGUUCUGGCAGUGAGGGUGCCAACAGUUCCAACGGUGCCAACGGCUCCAACCCCGGCAGCUCCAAGAACCCCGGUUCCGGCAACACCGGUACUGGCUCUGAUGCUGGCAACGCCAAGAAUCCUGGCUCCAACGGCCCCAACAAUGCCGGCUCUAAUGGUGUUGCUGCUCCUUCUGGAAGCAACCCCUCUAAGCCAACUCGCGUUGGGUCUGCUGGUCUGCCUUCAGGAACCAACCAGGUCCCCAUUGUCAGCUCAGCAUCCGGCAACAUGCCGGCAUCCAUGGCAAUGCUCUUCCUGGCUGCUAUGGCUAUUCUCAUUUAA